GAGGGAAUGAGACAACCAGAGAUGAUUCCCUGGUUCAAGCCAGCUGUCAGUGGCAUUCCGGGAGUGUUUGUAAACAAUGAAUAAGUACAGCUUGGUGUCUCCUCCGAUCGGGGAGGGCUCCUUUGGUCGGGUUUACAAAGCUGUGGAGAAGGAAUCCCAGAAUGUGGUGGCUCUGAAGAGAAUCCUGAAGACCGGAAGGUCUUCGAGUGAACUGAAGAAUCUCCGGAGAGAGUAUGAGAUUCAGAUGAAACUGCGACAUCCCAAUAUCAUCCGGAUGCUGGAAUCCUUUGAGACGAGCAAGGAAAUCGUGGUGAUAACAGAAUUUGCAAAGUGUGACCUUCACAAUCUCCUCAGAGAGGGAUCAAUUGGAGAACCCCGGACCAGGAGACUGACUUAUGAUCUUGUAUCUGCUCUCUACUAUCUCCAUUCCCAUCGGAUCCUGCAUCGUGAUCUCAAGCCUCAGAAUAUCCUGAUUGACAGGGAAGAGCACGCGAAGCUCUGUGAUUUUGGUCUGGCCAGAAAUAUGACAAUUGGAACCCAUGUGCUGACUUCUAUCAAAGGAACACCUCUGUACAUGGCUCCAGAAAUUAUGCUGGAGAAGCCAUAUGACCACCUGGCUGAUCUCUGGUCAUUAGGAUGCAUUAUCUAUGAAUGUCUAGCCGGACAGCCGCCAUUCUGCACCAACAACAUUGUUCAGCUGGUGAAAUCCAUCCAGAGAGAUGAUGUAAAGUGGCCCAGCUUCCUCACAGACUGCUGCAUCUCCUUCCUGCAGGGACUUCUGGAAAAAGAUCCCACUCUCCGUGUUACAUGGCAGGAAAUCCUCUCGCAUGAAUUUGUCAAGGAUAACAUUCUCAUUCUCAGUGAAGACAUCCCUGAAUCUCCAUUCACCAAUCCCCUCACAGCUUCUCAAUCCCGCGAGAAGGAGCGUCAGGCUGAGAUGCUAAUGGACGGCAAGAAGAGACUAUUCAAAAUUCCCCCACUGACCACUCCCGGAUUGGCUCUCCUUCCGCCCACGCUGAAGAAUCUCCCGCAUGCGGAUGAUGCUGUUUCUUCCCGGGACAGCACUCAUGCCAUCCUCCAGAGUGACCUGGAACCCCUAGAAACUGACACGGAAGAAUCCUCAAGGAUCAACCACGAAACAAGUGCAGAAAUUGACGAAAAAGACCCAAUCUACGUCUCCGGGAAUGCCAACAUGGUCAUCGGCAGGAUGAAUGAUAAUUUUGGAGACAAUGCUGAACAAUCUUCUCCUGCCAAAUCCCUAAAAACAUCCAAGGACGUCAACAUGAAGAUGAAUCACAAGAGAUCGAAGAACAAUGAGUUGGAGAGGAAGAAACUCAGUCAGAAUCUGGACAACUUCUCCUUGAGAUUGGAAGCUGGCGGGGAGGAUGAGGAAAAGAUUCUGAAGCAGGAAGAAACGGAAGAGAAGACUUCGACUGAGAAAAAAACAAUGAAAUCUCUUGGUUCUUCAAUUCUGACUGAUCCUGAUGCUGUGGAAAAUCAUCUUCCGGAACUGUCACCCGGAUGGGAUUCCUGCGAUGAUACCCAGAGUUCUCCGAUUGAGAACGAGGAAUGGCUGGCUUUUAUUCAUCGAUCAAUGCAGGAGAUUCUCGAUGGGGAGCUGGAUUCCCUAAAGCAGCAAAAUUUGGUCAGCAUAAUAGUCUCUCCGUUGAGAAACUCGAAAGCUUCCUGCAAAGUUGUCGAAAGUGUGGCUCAAUUGCUGAGUCUCCCUUUUGUUCUGGGCGGACCUCCCAGCAUCCUUCUAGACAUUCGCAAUGUUUAUGUGGAAGUGAAACUUGUGCCAAAUUUAGUGUACGCGUCCAAAUUGCUGAGUUGCAAGAGAGAAGUAGAAACAGCCGAUAGCCCAUCGCCCGUCCAAAAUGUCAAUUACACGUGCAAGACCUUGAGAGAUUUGUCUCAAGACGAAAUUAAGACGCUGGCGUGUCUCUAUGAACUCGUGUGCCACUUAGUUCACCUCAGCGACUGCUGCCUCAGUCAAUUCUGCGACGCUCUGGCUGUCUUGGGAGCCACUAAAUUACUCGUCAACUUUAUCAGUUCAGAGAGCAGCAACAGUCACAAUGUACGACUCAUGAGUACAAUUGUGGGUAUUCUGGCAUGUACAAUCCGGGAAAUGCCGGAAAAUGCGUAUCUCGUGGAGAAAAUUGUCUUUGACGAGAAAGUGGAUCUUGUGAAAUUUCUCAAGCACAACAGCAAUCUUCUGCGCUAUCGAACGUGCGUGUUGCUCAGAAUUUUGGGCAGAUUCAGCUGUGCCAGCCUCCAGACAAAGUGGUCCAGUGCCAUGAGGGAGACCCUCGAGGCUCUGGUCUAUGAUUCCGAUGAACAAGUGAGAAAUGAAGCCGAGUCGGUUUUGAUGGAGUUCAGAAAUCUCUCCUUCUACAUACCAGUUGAAGAUGACGCUUAAUUGCAAUGUGACGAUCUAUUGAAAUUUCCUUACAAAUUGAACAUUGCCUUUGGUAUGUUUGUGAUUUCUCUUGUAACUUUCAAUUUAAUAAAAAUUUGCUCUCAUCAUCCCA